AUGUUAUUCUUAUCAAACAGUUAUCGAACAGCCGCCUUAUUUUACGUUAUCAAACUCUUGAGGAAAAGAAACUAAUGCUCCAUCAAUUGCAGCGUUUGGGAUUGUUUGUAAGUUUUCGGAUCCCGAAAACACAGUGCUCCCCCAGUUUCAGUUCAAAACGAAGGAUGAGCAGCACUCAGAACGUUUGUGGCUCGGACACGGACAUAGUGUGGAUGGAUCUGGAGAUGACCGGGUUGGACAUAGAAAAGGACAAAAUCCUGGAGGUGGCUUGUCUCAUCACGGACAAGGACUUGAACUUGAAGUCCGAGGGACCCUGCUUUGCCAUCAAACAUCCGCAGGAGGUGUACGACAACAUGAACGAGUGGUGCACGAAGCACCACUACGAGUCUGGGCUGGUGGAUCGCUGCAGGAGCUCGGAUGUGAUGCCAGAACAGGCCUCCGAUCUGCUGCUGUCCUAUCUCGAGAGCAACAUCCCCAGGCGGGUCUGCCCCCUCGCCGGCAACUCUGUCUACAUGGAUCGACUGUUCAUUAGGAGAUUUAUGCCAUCCGUGGAUGAGUAUUUGCAUUACCGAAUCAUCGACGUGUCCACCAUCAAGGAGUUGGCCAGGCGGUGGCGUCCCGACCUGGAGAAGGCUGCUCCCAAGAAGACAUUCGCCCAUCGCAGCCUGGAUGAUAUUCUCGAGAGCAUCAGCGAGCUCAGGUAUUACAAAGCAAACUUCAUUAAGUAAAUUGAGUCCCGAUCUUAUGACUUGUGAAAGGACUGCUAUCUUUAGUCCGUUUUCUACCAAUUUAUCUUAAAGACUCUAGGACAAACACCACAAAUUCGUUAAUGUAGGUAAAUGGUCAAACUUAUUUUAAGCCAAAUUAGCAGAUAUCUAAAAUAACUACUAGAAGUGCUAUAUUGACUUCUGAGUACUUAAGAAUAAAGUGUAUACUAAGUAUUCUAUUCACUAUAAAACACAGUGAGAAAACAAUGAACACUCAUUGUUCUAAGUUGGCUUCGUUAGAGCAUUUUCAAUAAAAACAUCCUUACGCUUCACAGUCCCACUAAACUGCUGGUAAAAUGAGCACGGACAUAGUUUUGAUGGACAUGGACACCACGGGUGGUGAUCUUGAAGAGGAUUUUAUACUCAGCUUUGCCUGUUUUAUCACAAACAAGGAGGCCAACACUAAGUUCGUCUGUCCAUAUUUCGCCAUCAAUCAUCAUCAGGAUUUUAGGUAUAUGGAAACAAAUGAUUAUUUGCUUUAACUCGAAUAUCAGGUGCUGAUCUAUCUUAAGAAUAAUGUAGCAAGGAAAGCCUGUCCCGUAGUUGGUCAAUUUAUUCACACGUUCACAUGGACUUCACUAUAAAGUGCAUGUCUUCUGUGAAUGACUAUUUGAACAACAAAUUUGGGCCGUUGAAAGAGCUUUAUUGUCCAGACGCAUCUCAGAGGAUGUGGGACGACCUCCUGCACAGCAUAAAUGAGCUCAAUUUUAGCUUACAGGCAAUAAGAAAGCAUUGAUUUCGAUCAAAAUCACAUAAGCUAACAUUUAAAGAUAUAUUUUGUGUACUUGUCCAGACUCUGCUUAGAAAAUAAAGAGUGGUCACAUUUCAUUUUGGGCUUAUAUUAUUGGUAAAUGCGUUUUGUAAAAAAAAGUUAUACAGUAUUGUUUAGUGAAUUGUGCGUAUAUGUACGGAGAAACAGAGCUCUAUCAUAAGAAAUAAGAAUACGAUAGCAAUAAAGAAUUCAAUGCUAGUA